AUCAAUGAGGCACGCACUGACGACUGCAUUGCCAUAUUAUCAUCAUCAUGAAUGACCUCCGUCCCUACCAACUAUACUGCAGAGUCCGCAAUCAUAAAUUGAAGUUAAAGCUCGCUCCCUCCCUUUCCACAUCAAAAAAUUUAGAGAGAGAGAGAGAGAGAGAGAGGAUGAGCGGAAAGGGAAAUGUGGUGUGCGUGACCGGAGCUUCUGGAUACAUAGCGUCCUGGCUGGUGAAGCUCUUGCUCCGCCGCGGCUACACCGUCAGAGCUACCGUUCGCAACCUCCAUGAUCCAAAGAAGACUGAACACUUACUCUCACUUGAUGGAGCUAAGGAAAGACUCCAUUUGUUCAAAGCAGAUUUACUAGAAGAAAACUCCUUUGAUUCUGUAAUUGACGGAUGUGAUGGUGUUUUUCAUGUAGCAUCGGCUGUGUAUUUUAAUGCUGCUGACCCACAGUCAGAACUGAUAGACCCUGCAUUAAAAGGAACACUUAAUGUUCUGCAAUCGUGUGCAAAAGCUUCAUCUGUCAGAAGGGUGGUUAUCACAUCUUCUUUAGCUUCAGUUGCUUACAACAGAAGGCCUCUGACUUCAGAUGUGGUGAUUGAUGAAACUUGGUUUUCAGAUCCAGUUUUUUGCGAAGAGUCAAAGCUUUGGUAUAUGCUGUCAAAGACCUUGGCUGAGGAGGCUGCUUGGAAGUUCACAAAAGAGAACAAGAUUGACAUGGUUACAAUACAUCCAGGAUUGGUGAUUGGACCUCUGUUACAGCCAAUUCUUAAUGCAAGUGUAGAGGUGAUGUUGAGCCUCAUUCAAGGAGUUCAAACACUGCCUACUGAAAUUUAUCGAUGGGUUGAUGUCAGAGAUGUAGCCAAUGCACAUGUUCAAGCAUUUGAAAUUCCUUCAGCUAGUGGAAGAUACUGUCUAGUAGGGAAAGUGUCACACUGUUACGAGGCUCUGAAGAUUUUGCGCAAGCUUUAUCCAAAUCUUCCUCUUCCUGAGAAAUGUGCAGAUGACAAGUCUUUGGUGCCGACUUACACUGUAUCAAAGGAGAAAGCAAAGAGUUUGGGCAUUGACUUCAUUCCUCUCGAGGUCAGCCUGAAGGAUACCAUUGAAAGCUUGAGGGAGAGGAACUUAAUCAGCUUUUAAGUGUAUAAACAAAUGGCUCAUGCACUUCAUUGUUGUUGUUCCUAACUUCAUUCUCGUUGUAGACUGCUGGUUUGGUUUUGUUGUGAUAUUUGAGUGUCAUCUAUUAAGAAAAUACACCAUUCACUUGUAAGCGGUGUAUUUUUUUUUCUCCAAUAUACAAUAUCUACGCAAAAAGGGAAAAAAGAAAGUUUCUGGAGAAAGUUUGCUUCCUCA